GUGCAACUUACCAACGACUCGUAAACCGAAUGUUCUCCAAACAACUCGGAAAAACGAUGGAGGUUUAUAUCGACGACAUGCUCGUCAAAUCCCUCAAAGCAAAAGAUCACGUGUCACAUCUCGAAGAGUGUUUUGCGCAAUUAAAUUCCCAUAACAUGAAGCUCAACCCGACAAAAUGUAGAUUCGCCGUGGCAUCAGGGGAAUUCCUCGGCUACUUGGUCACAUACCGCGGUAUCGAAGCGAAUCCAAAACAGAUCAACGCACUAAUCGAGAUGGCUUCACCAAAGAAUAAGCGGGAAGUCCAUUUAUUUCACGAUCAACAGAUAAGUGCCUGCCCUUCUACGACGUCCUGCGAGGAAAUAAAAAAUUCGAAUGGUCGGAGGAGUGCGAAAAUGCCUUCCAACAGUUGAAGCGCUAUUUAGCUACCCCUCCAGUCCUCGCAAAACCCGUGGAAGGGGAACCUUUAUUCUUGUACAUCGCUGUGUCGGCAACGGCCGUAAGCGGAGUCCUGAUCAGGGAAGAACGCGGGGAGCAGAAACUUAUUUUCUACAUAAGCAAAACCUUGCUGGAUGCCGAAUCUAGGUAUCCUUUGAUGGAAAAAUUGGCAUGCGCGGUCGUAACAUCGGCCCGAAAACUAAGACCAUAUUUCCAAUCCCACACGAUUGUCAUCCUCACGACUUUUCCCUUACUGACAAUUUUGCAUAGCCCAAGUCAAUCAGGCCGAUUGGCUAAGUGGGCACUACAGGAAAUGUGGGUAUUAAUAGCGUCGUAGCAUAGCGUUUUUUGCUUCUCUGCUAUUGUAUAUAAACACGGGCCUUUAUAAUAGCGUUUUUGAAAUGUAUAAGCUAUCUUUGUAGUCGCGGGAAAAUAAAAUAAUUCAGCCGCGUUAAUUUGGUAAGUGGAGGCGCCUUACCAUUGUAAAUCAAAAACUAAAUGCUAUCGUAUAUGAAAAUUUAUAUUAAAAAUAACUUAAGUAUUAAUCGAAACCGAGACUUCAUUCUCUUCACUUCACUCUCUUCACAUUCCUCAAAAUCAAAACCGACUCAUCGAAGUUCUUCAGAGUUCUCUCGAGUCGAAGCUUCAAUUGGUAUGAGUUUCGAUUUGAUUCUGAGUUUAGAAUAGAGACUGGUUCUCUCGAGUCGAAUCUCUUUGAUUUUGGGUUUCUCUUUGAUUCAAAUCUCUUUUCACAUGCAUGUCCGCGUUAACACAUGAUUCGAUUUUGAUUGUGGGUUUCGAUUAGGUUUCGAUUAGGUUUUGAAUAUGAUUGUGGGUUUCAAUUAGGUUUUGAAUAUGAUUGUGGGUUUCAGUUUGAUUUUGAAUAUGAUUGAAGGUUUCGAUUUGAUUUUGGGUUUAGAUUUUUUUGAUCGAAUGGCUUGAUUUGAUUUUGGAUUUGUUUAUCAGUUUCAGAAAUGGCAAAGACAAGAGGACAAGUUGGUUCUCGUCGGAGUAAACGUAAUCAAGGCUUGGAGGUAGUAGAUCAAGAGGACAAGGCACCGCAACUAAAAGUGAAGAAAAGAACAGCAAAGAAAACGGCUUCCCCUAAAAAGAAUUUAGUUUUAACGCCAACGAGAAGAAGUAGUAGAAUCAAGAAAGUGGCUGCUGAAGAUGAUUACAUAGAAGAUGUAACACCUCCUAAGGAUGAUGAGGUAGAAGAUGUUACACCUCCUAAGGAUGAUGAAGUACAAGAUGUAACACCUGCUCAUGAUGAUGAAGUAGAAGAUGAUCAGGCUGAGAAGUCAAUGUCUGAAGAAGAUAAAGACGAUGAAGAGGAUGUCAAUGGGAAAGAGGAUGAAGAAGAUGGCGAUGUCAAUGGGAAAGAGAAUGAAGAAGAUGGAGAUCUCAAUGGGAAAGAGAAUGAAGAAGAACCGGCCAAUAUGGAAGAUGAUGGAGUUCUUAAUGAGAAAGGGAACGAAGAGGAAGCUUGCGAAGAAGAAGCUCACGAUAUGGAAGAAGAUGGCACUGCGCAAGAUGAUGAGAUUCCUAGUACUGAAGGAGUUGAGCUAGCAGGGGAGGAAGUUUCAAAAAAAAAUAAAAGAGGACCUACAAAGUUGCGUAGAGUGGCUGAAAAUCCCAAUGAUAAGAUUAUGGUCACAUUCAAUGACAUUGGUGAGCAUGUUGGACCUGGUUCAGUAACCCUAUCGUCGUUUCUUGGUCCUCUUGUGAGGGAACAUGUUCCGGUUACACUUGACGAUUGGAGAAAACUUGAUGCAGCGACUAAAGCAACAAUGUUGGAAGAAAUUCAGGUUUGUAUAUAUAUUAGUAUGUUUUGUUUAACCGCAAGAUGAAAUUAUAAACAUGUUUAACUUGAUUAUUGUGAUGCAGGGGAGGUUUAACUUGCAAGAAGAGUAGCAGAAAGCUGUUAUUUUCAAGCAGCUGGGAAAUGUGUGGAGGGCUGGGAAGUCAAGGCUUGUGUCACAAGUACGUGUGGCGAAGACUGCAGCUGAGAGAAUAGCUUUAAAACCGAGCAACAUCCCAUCCCUUCAACUGUGGAACACUUGGGUUAAGAGUAAGACUACCAAAUCUUUCACAGAAACGAGUAACAAGUACAGAGCGAUGAGAAGAAAUCAGAUUCCUCACACCACCAGCCGCAAAGGAAUGCUUCGUUUAGCUGAUGAUAUG